AUGAUUGUUCAAAUAAUACUUUCUGUAUCUUCUCACGAUAACCCCAAGUACAAGACCUUUCUUACCUUGAGCAAGAUGAAAGAACUGCUCAUCUUGCUCGUUUCUUUCUCAGAGAAAUCUUGCUUCGGCCACAAUUUGAAUCGAAAUUUUACUAUGUCUUAUUCUACGAGCAUCAAUUUCCAGGAAUUGAAAGAGGAUAGCAACAGAACCUGUGUCCAUUUCCAUCAAAUCCUCUGGGAAGAAAACUAUUCAUCUUACGAUAGCUCCUGGUACGAUGGCGGAUUCUACCGAAUAAUCGAAGCAAAAGAAGCUUGCUCAAAACUUGGCGGAGAACUUGCUUUUUAUGAGAACGAAGAAGAGCACGAAAAAUUCAGAGAAGCUGCUUCACACUGGCCUUAUGCUUUCUGGGUCGGCUUCUUUCGCUCUGGCGAUUCCUGGAAAAACGUUAUCCUGACUGUGAGAGACAACAUAGAAGUCUGGAGAAAAAGUCUGACUUCAUUUAUGGAGCAAGAAUCAGAGCGCUACGGAAACCCUGGGUUUUGGCUGUUUCAUAGAUUCAAUGCUUUGGGUUGGACGAGUCCGAGAAUGAAAAACAUGGUCAAGAUAAUGGAGUUCAUCUUGCGAAAUCACUUUUUUCGCAACUGCUUCGUGGCAACAUUUCCAGCCGACUGGAAAGUUUUCACGUGGCAGCAGCAAAACAAACUGAUCAUGCCUUAUUGGGAGGCGAUGGAGGACAACUACGAAGCCCACAUUCGUCGCAUCAAAGAAACCGUCCCAAAAGAAAGGCUCCUCAUCUGGAAUAUCAAGGAAGGAUGGGAGCCCUUAUGCAAGUUUCUUGAUAAACCUGUGCCGAACAUCCCGAUUCCGCAUGACAACAAGACAGGAGAUAUCGAAUACAUGCAGAAAUAUUUCCAAGAAAGUGCUGUUGGAAAAGAAAUAUUUGCAUACAUGAAGUGGUAUUUUGCCAAGUUCUUGGUGAAAUCAGCGCUCAUCACUGGAGCUCUCAUCUACGAGAAGAAGACUGAUUUCAGAAUCACGAAGUCGAUCUUUUCCUUCUUGCGGACAAAAUUACAAUUAUAA